AUGACGGCAGGACGGUUUGUGAUGAUGCUGGCUCUGGCUGUGACUGGGAUUGCGCUCUGCUGUGGCGCAGGCGCGUCGGGAGAGCUCUGCCUCAUCUACGGAGAUAACGGACCGGGGGGCUAUUUGGGGCGACUGGACGAGGCCUCUGGCGAGCUGACUCUGCUUACAUCGGGUGUCGAGCUCCCACCGUUUCCGAUGGUUUCUGCACCGCUGGUGGCAACCGGCGAUCCGUCGGGGCAGAUUGUGAGCUAUCCCACCGGAUCGACGACCGAGUUUGCCCUGCUGGUGGCCACUGUGGGGGCGAGCAACAUCACGGCGGCCGAGACGGAUGCGCCGGUUCUUCCGGUCGGCUACGCGAUCAUCGGCGUCGGCUUGACUGACGGGGAUAGCGAGGGCGUGGCUGUGGCAUGGGCGGAGAGUGGCAGUCUCAUGGCUGUCGCCUUUCAGCCCUUUUCCGGCAAGAUCCUGCACCAGGUGACGGCGAUGAUGCCGGCAUGGUACUCGCCGAGCGUGUCGGCGUGGACUACCGACGACGAUGGGAAGCCGGUCAUGGUUGUGCAGAUGCGAUCGGGGCUGGCGUGGCAGAUGGUUGAGGUAUUCUUCAACGGGACCGCUCCGAGAGUGGUAGCACAGGACUCACUCGGCCCGUACGUGGCCUUGACCAGCGGCGCGUCCGGCACGGUCUACGGCAUUGUGUAUGCGGGCGGGUCAGAUCCGGUGGAUCUCGACUUUGUCAAGGUUGUGCCCGGCUACACGUACGACUCGCCGUAUGUGGUGACGCGGAUCGGCAAAAAAUACGUGUCGUGCCAGCCGACAAUGGCUGUGGGCUCAGGCUCGGACUCGGAGACGGUGUUCGCCGUGUGCAAAAAGUAUGCGGCGAGGGCGUCGCACCUUCUCAGCAUGAAUGCCGCGAGUGGGCAGAUCCACGAUCCCAAGCUGCCGUUUGAGCAGGACAGGUUUGUCUUUGGCUAUUUGUUCUCACUGAUGAGUUGA